AUGACAAACCAAAAUAAUAUUUUAACCGAAGAGGAAAUAAAAGAGCUAAUUGUGAAAUCUAAUGAAGAAGUUAAAAGUUUACAGUCAUUAACAACUAAUUUAGAGCAAGAGAGGAAUGAUUUGCUUGAAAUAAAUAAGCAAUUAGAAGAAGAACAAAAAGUCUUGGAAGAAGCAUUAGAAUUAGAGGAAGACAUUUCUAAAUGCCAUUUAGAUACUCUUGAAGUAGCUAGACAAUGGAGAGUAAGGUAA